UCUUUUUCAUGCCCAAUCACAUCUAGAAUUACCAAUGGCAUUGCCCAAUUUCCUUCUUGUUUUCAUUUUUUUGUCUUCCAUCCAAGUCCUCUCCUAUGGAACCAUAUCAACAGACCAUAACCAAACAAUCCAAGCAAUGCUAAUUCAAACUUGUUACAACAUUGAAAACCAAAGCUCAUGCCUCUCAAACAUACAAGCCAGGCUUGAAAACCAGAAUCCAAAUUCAAUCCUCAAAGCCGCGCUCGAGACCACACUCAAUGAGGCAAGGCAAGCCAUGGGCGUGGUCACAAAGUUCAACACCUUAUCGAUCAGUCCCCGUGAGCAGAUUGCGAUUCAAGACUGCCAAGAACUCCUUGACUUCUCAGUCUCUGAAUUGGCCUGGUCUUUGACUGAGAUGAACAAGAUCCGAGCAGGCUCGACAAACUUUCACUACGAAGGGGACUUGAAAGCUUGGCUAAGUGCCGCGCUGAGUAACCAAGACACUUGUCUUGAAGGCUUCGAAGGCACAGACCGGCGUCUUGAAAGGUUCAUCAGAGGAAGCCUAGCACAGGUCACACAGCUCAUCGGUAAUGUCUUGACAUUGUACAGUCAAUUACAUAGCUUGCCAUUCAAACCAUCAAGAAACAACACCAAAACCAAUCAAGCCAUGGAAUAUCCCAAGUGGGUUACAGAAGGAGAUAAAGAUCUUCUUGCUCCGAGUCCGAAUGGAAUGCACGUCGAUGCGGUCGUGGCAUUGGAUGGGAGUGGCCAUUACCGGUCGAUCAUACAGGCUGUUAAUGAAGCUCCGAAUUAUAGUAACAGGAGGUACAUUAUUUAUAUAAAGAAAGGGGUUUAUAGAGAGAACAUUGAUAUGAAGAAGAAGAAGACCAAUAUUAUGUUUGUUGGGGAUGGCAUUGGAGCCACUGUGGUGACAGGGGAUCGGAAUUUCAGGCAGGGGUGGACUACAUUUAGGACUGCUACUGUUGCUGUUUCCGGGAGAGGCUUCAUAGCAAGGGACAUGACAUUCCGGAACACGGCCGGACCCCAAAGCCACCAAGCCGUGGCCCUCCGUGUCGACUCCGACCAAUCUGCCUUUUUCCGAUGCAGCAUGGAAGGCUACCAAGACACCCUCUACAUCCACUCACUCCGUCAAUUCUACCGUGAAUGCAACAUCCACGGCACCAUCGACUUCAUCUUCGGCAACGGUGCAGCGGUCCUCCAGAACUGCAAAAUCUUCACCAGGCAGCCCUUACCAAUGCAAAAAGUCACAAUCACUGCCCAAGGCAGAAAAGACCCUCACCAGAGCACUGGAUUCUCAAUCCAGGACAGCUAUGUCUAUGCCACAAUGCCCACUUACUUAGGCAGGCCCUGGAAACAAUAUUCCAGGACUGUUUAUUUGAACACUUACAUGAGUGGGCUGGUCCAGCCCAGAGGGUGGUUGGAGUGGUAUGGGGACUUUGCUUUGAGCACAUUGUGGUAUGGUGAGUAUAGGAAUUAUGGGCCUGGUUCGUCGUUGUCGGGCCGGGUCCAGUGGCCAGGUUACCAUAUCAUUCGCGACGCUGCGGCAGCGAAUUUUUUCACAGCUGGGAGGUUUAUCGAUGGACGGUCGUGGUUGCCGCAUACAGGAAUCAAAUUCACCGCCGGAUUAACCAAUUAGGUCACAAGUGUGUAGUUUGAUGUUAGGCAGCUUAAUACAAUAAAUUGUACCAAUUUAACACCUUGCAAAUUUAUUCUCUCUGUUUGAUUUUAGUUUUGAGUAAUUGCAUGCGAGGAAGUGAGUUCAUAGAUGGGGAUGCAUGGAAAGAUCAAAUGUGGAAGUUAUGCAACACGGAAAGAUAGUGGGUUGAGGAUUCCCUAUUUUUAAUUUUUUUUUAUUAUUCUGUUGUAACUCAUCGAUAUUUAUUGGAUUGCGUGUGUUUGUUAUUUUUAUAAUUUAAAUGUUAAGAGGGUUUUGGAAUA